AUGUCGUGCACCAUCGCCUAUCAAGGUCACGUGGCCAUUAUCACCAUUGACAACGCGCUGAAACUAGGUGCGCUGACACGGGACAUACAGAUUCGGUUGGGUCGCCAUAUGCGUGAAGCUGCUGACCGCAAGGACGUCUACAUUACGCUCUUGGCUGGUACAGGACGAUUCUUUUCCUCAGGCGCUGACAUUCGCGAGGACCGCGAAGCGCCAUCCGAUGAAGACAGCAGGCGUCACUAUGUCCACCAGAUGGCCGACAUUCUUGAUCUUGCACAGACAUUUUACACGCACCCAAACAUUAUUGUUACUGCCCUGAAUGGUCCCGUUGUUGGGCUGGCAUCGGCCUUGGUAUCUCAUUCGGACUUUAUCUACGCUGCACCCCAUACGUAUCUCCUCGCACCUUUCAAUUCUAUCGGAAUUGUGGUUGAGGGCGCCGCAACCAAAUCAAUGAUCAAUCGUAUGGGCGCAGGCCUGGCGAAGGAGGCUCUACUCAUGGCUAGAAAGAUUUCCCUCGAUGAGCUGCUUGCGAGUCGCUUUGUAAAUGGCGUCUUCCCAGCAAACGCCUCGGGGAAAGAUGCUGAGAAAUUUACCCAGACGGUGUUUACCGAGAUUUGCGAGGGACGACUGGGAGCGCAUUUGAGCUCAGCAAGUAUGCUGAGAACUAAGCAAGUAAUGUCGAGAUCCGACGAAAUAGCGUAUGAUGCGCAUUCGGUCCGCGAGCUGGUGGGUGGUGUGGAGGCGUUCCAGCGUGGAUAUCCUCAAGAGCAGUUCCGAAAGAUGCAACGUGGAGAGAAGAGGCACAAGUUGUAG